AUGGUCACCAGGAAGAGAGAUGCUACAAUUGAUGUGGCUAGUAUGUUCAAAGAUGUGGAAGUCAAGGUGCCACUUUUGACGGCGUUAAAGAUGCCCCCGAUUAGCAAAUUAAUCAAGGACUACCUGGCAGGGAAGGUCAAUGAGGAGGGCAGAAUGAUUGCAAAUGAAAAUGUGUCCGCAAUGAUCCAGCGGAGCGACCUCCCGUCAAAUAAGACUGAUCCGGGAAUGUUCACGCUCCCGAUUUCAAUCGGAGAUACUCAAGUGAAGCACGCCAUGUGCGAUUUGGGGGCGUCUAUCAAUGUUCUACCGUACUCCAUCUAUAAGAAGCUGGGAGAGGCCAGACUCGUCGAUACUGAUAUAAUGAUACAGUUGGCCGACAGAUCGUGUAUUCACCCCGAGGGAAUUCUGGAAGAUGUGAUCGUGAAGGUGAAUAACUUUCUGUACCUAGCUGAUUUUUUCAUAAUCAAGACGACAGAGCCAGUCGCAAAGGAGUCAAGUGGAGUCCUACUGGGAAGACCGUUCCUGUCUACGACCAGCACCAUAAUAGACGUCCGUAAUGGGACGAUCAACUUGGACUUCAAUGGAGAGCAGUUCACGUUCAAUAUUGAUGAAGCUAUGAAAAGGGCAGCAGACAGCGAGAACGUGUACUCAGUAGACGUGACUGAACCAUUAGUAUAG